AUGAAUCUGUUAUGGCUCACACUGAUCCUCCUGCACCAAGGAWAUGACUUGGUUCCGGUGACCAUCGUUCAACUUGGAGACCCUGUAACUUUGAAAUGCUUUUUUCCAGAAGAAAAGAAAACCAGCAGUAGYGAACUUCACUGGUACAAACAAAGUGCAGGAAAUACACUGGAAUUAAUUGUGAAGCUGUUGGAAAAUACUUCGCCWACUUAUGGAUCUGRAUUUUUKSGCUCAAGACUGACUGCAACAUAUWCMGAGAAAAUUAGCAAUCUGACGAUUAUGAAGUCGACUGAAGGAGACRAAGGCAUGUAUCACUGCGCUGUGGUUGACUGGAACAAGAACAUUUGGCAAGGGACCUAUUUGCUAAUAAAAGGAAACACUGUGGUGUCUUCCAAUUACACAGUUGUUCAGACGCCAACAUUAUCACAUCCAGUUCAUCCAGGAGACCCAGUGACUCUUCAGUGUUCGGUCCUCUCCAGCUCUGACAGCAAGGAAUGUUCAGGAGGUCUGAAUUUGUUCUGGAUAAGAGCCGGAGACAAAUCUCUUCCAAACAUCAUCUACUCUGAUGGAAACAGAGAAAACAAAUGUGAAGAGAAACUGGACUAUCAGCAGAGAUGUGUGUAUAACUUCUCUAAGACGGUCAACGCAUCCGAUGCGACUUUCUACUGUGCUGUGGCCACAUGUGGAGAGAUAUAUUUUGGGAAUGGAACCAAGCUGGAUGUUGCUACAUCUCAAGAUGACUUUAUCACCCUGGUGAUAACAAUUACCUGCUUGGUCAUUUCUGUGAUUAUAAAUAUACUUUUCUGCUGCCAGAUCCAAAGAUCAUCAUGUAAUCUUGUUAAAGGGAAAGAAACGUCCUGUUCUCGAGCAAAACAAACCAGCCGGGGGCAGUCAAAAGAUUUUACUAUUGAAGAGGAACAUGAGCUAAACUAUGCUGCGUUACGUUUCUCUGGAGCUAAAAGGACAAAAGGAAAGCCAAAGAGAGAGAUGGAGACUGAAGAGAGUGUGUAUUCACAAGUGAAACACUAAGAAAUAAAUCUCACAGAGGGAGUGAAUACAAUUAAAAUAUUUUCUUCUUGUUGUUUUAUAC